CCGGCUCCCACCUCUUCCCGGCCCGAGCCCUGGAGACGGCUGCUCCUGGGCUGCUGAGCGGCAGCGGCAGCAUGAAGGCCCCGGGUCGGCUCCUGCUUAUUGUCCUGUGCUCCUUGGUCUUCUCUGCUGUCUACAUCCUGAUGUGUGGUUGGGCCUGCCUGCCCCUGUGCCUGGCCACAUGCUUGGAGCCCCGCCUCUCUGCCGGCUCCAGGCCCACAGUCCCAGGACCUCUGCACUUCAGUGGAUAUAGCAGUGUGCCAGAUGGAAAGCCGCUGGUCCGAGAACUGUGUCGCAGCUGUGCCGUGGUGUCCAGCUCUGGCCAGAUGCUGGGCUCCGGCCUGGGUGCUGAGAUUGAUGGAGCCGAGUGCGUGUUGCGCAUGAACCAGGCGCCCACAGUGGGCUUCGAGGAGGACGUGGGCCGGCGCAGCACCCUGCGUGUGGUCUCACACACAAGCGUGCCACUGCUGCUGCGUAAUUACUCUCACUACUUCCAGCAGUCACGUGACACGCUCUAUGUGGUGUGGGGCCAAGGCAGGCAUAUGGACCGGGCGCUUGGUGGGCGCACCUACCGCACGCUGCUACAGCUCACCCAGAUGUACCCGGGCCUGCAGGUGUACACCUUUACCGAGCGCAUGAUGGCAUAUUGCGACCAGGUCUUCCAGGACGAGACGGGCAAGAACCGGAGGCAGUCAGGCUCCUUUCUCAGCACCGGCUGGUUCACCAUGAUCCUCGCCUUGGAGCUGUGUGAGGAGAUCGUGGUCUAUGGAAUGGUCAGCGACAGCUACUGCAGGGAGGAGCGCCACCCCUCGGUGCCUUACCACUACUUCGAGAAGGGACGGUUGGACGAGUGUCAGAUGUACCUGGCGCAUGAGCGGGCUCCCCGCAGCGCCCACCGCUUCAUCACCGAGAAGGCUGUCUUCUCCCGCUGGGCCAAGAAGAGGCCCAUCGUGUUCGCCCACCCGUCCUGGCGAGCCCAGUAGCCCUGCUGGCUGCCAUGCCUUCAUCAGGCCUCCAUUCCUUCAAUGCCACCAUUCUCCACU